AUGGCCGACUUUGAAGAACUCGAGACGCGCCGGCUAGAACUAGAAGAGAACGUGGCAAAGCUACGCAAAUCUUUGCAACACUGGCGAACAUGGGAUGCCGAGUAUGAAGGCUUGAAGGAAGAGCUUUCGUCUGGUGUGAAUGUACAAUCUGGAAAGGAUUGCAAGUUUGGAGGAGAACUUGUUAAUGAANAAAGGUUUGAUACAGAACCAUACCCAGUUGAGAAGUUCAUUCUGACCGUCUCAGAAAUCUUUGACUUGUUUGGAAUUGGANAAGGACCAAUUCGCCAUCCGAUAGAAGUCAGCCGACUUAUUGACAGACGCCUGAACUAUGUACAACAAAAUGUGUCGACUAUCUCCAAGCAGGUGGAGAAGAUCGAAAGUCAACUAUCCGAAGUGCUAGAGGAGAUGGACAGGGAGAAUGACGACGCACAGGAACCUGGACUACCAAUGACUGAGAUCAUCGAGGAACUGGAUGAAGCUGGAAACAUUAUAUCGAGCAAAGUCACCCAGCCCGAACACCAAACAGCACAAAUCAUCGAAACUCUUCGCAAAGCUGGCCUGAAAGACAUGGACACUAAAUCAAAGAACGAAGACACGACUAAAGACUCGGCCCCUGGUGCUACCNAAAAGCCUGAGGCUGCUCCAGCAAGCAAGACACUAGAAACGCCAAAAGUCGCAGCCGAUGCUCUCAAAACUUCCAAGAAGGGAGUAAGCUUCGCAGAGGAGGUCCAGGAAAGAGAGAUCCCAUCGCGGGCCGACCAUGCCAAUGCUAGCAGAUCAUCUGGAGUUGACCCUUCUCUAUUCAACGGCUCGUUUGCCAACGGCGAGCGUGUCAUCGAGUUGGACGACGACGACGAUAUCGUCGGAACCCAAGCGGUGAUCCCCGAGGACGAAUCUCCGGAAGAUGCAAGGCUACGCAGGGAAAUGCUUCAAUACAACCUCAAUGAAGUUGGGCAGGUGGUGGCUGAACUGGAUCUGGAUGAGAAUCUAUCAGAGUUCGAAGACGACGAUGACUACUUCGACGAUGAUUACGACAGCGAGAUGUCCGAGGAAGAGGAUGAACACGGAAGGUCAAUCCGCCCAGGAGUUUCCAAGAACUACAGAGAUCAGAUGCAAGAACUGGAAAAACAGCUUCGCUCAAGAGUUAUUGGAAACCUCGGACCUAAUGUUGAAGAAGUCGAUCCUGUGUACGAUCCCGAGGGACUUCGCCGUCUUGUGGUUCGUGGCGAGGAAGGAACAUCUGACGAGAACAUCAAGCCAGCACUCUCGAAGGGCAAAGAGGCAGUCAAGCCAGACGCAUCUGCAAAGAAGGGUGUUAGAUUCUCAGAAGAGUUGGAUGUGCAAGAGGCGCCCAAAGCAUCCGAAGCUCCAACCGCUUCCAAGCCACGCACUGCACCAAUCGCAGACGUCGUCGAGCGAGCACCUUCCAAGCCUCAAGCUCCUGCCGAACCAGCAAAACCUGCCAAGGUCUCUCGCUUCAAGCAGAACAGAGCCGCUGCCUCUGAGCCAGCUCAACCCGAGCCUGCAUCAAACCAAGUCUCUGGCUCCGUCAUCUCAGACAAGAUUGUCGAAAAGCCAGCUGCGCCAACGACUACUGCACACGCGCCAGAAGAAGUUGACGAGCUCGAUCCCGAACUGCAGCAGCGCCAACUUGCUUCCGAGUACUAUCGCCUGCGAAACAACAUCAUCCGUCAACAAGGUGGAUUCAAAGAGACGGAAGAAGAAAAGGAUGACCCCUUGAUGGAGCAAUUCCCUGAUGGCAAGCUGAAAAAGGUGAGUAGAUUCAAGGCUGCCAGGAUGAAGUUUUAG